UUUUUCUCUUUUUCAAUAGGGUGCCCUGAUAUCUAUCGUUUCACCAACAGUUCCGGGAAUUUACAAAGUCCUAAGCCACACGGUUCUUUACUAUAUCCAGACAAUACUAGUUGCAACUGGACGAUAACAAUUCCAGGCUCCCAUGUGCACGUUCAACUUUCAUUUAAAACCUUUCACUUGGAGAACUGUAUUGACUGCAAAUGUGACUAUGUAGAGGUUUUUGAUUACACUGGACCAAAACAAACCUCUCUUGGAAAGUUUUGCGGUAGCGUUUUGCCGGGGCCUUUCUUUUCAAGCCAGCAGACGCUGUCGAUCGUCUUUAAAUCCGAUCAUGGCAACAGCUUUACAGGAUUCACAGCUUCCUUCUCUUCAGUUCUCCCAGGAGCAGGUAGUAAUUCUCAAUUAGUUUAUGACGCCUGAUGAUUUUCUGGUGCGUUUGUGUUCAAGAGAGUGGUGUUGUCGCCAGCUCGCGGUUCUUGAGUAUUCACUAGACAGAUUUCAGUUUACUUUCAAUUCAACUUUUAUUCACGCGUCGAUAUCAGCUCGGUCCCUUCUCUCUUCUACAUGGAUUUGAGGCACUUCAAUAGAUAGAUCGACUCGCUAAAAGGAAAAACCAAGUAUCCUAUGAAAAAUUCGCUCCAAAGAAAAAAAGAUCUCGAAAAACACCUACUUACACUAACGUGAAAUUGUUUCUCCUUUUCCAGUUCUAUUCACAAAUCUUCAGUUCUUCUCGACUGCAAGAGAAAACUGAAUUUUAAAAUCACCCGCUCGCUUGUCAAUCCUAUCCUAAGGAAAUCCAGGGGAUGCGUUGUCAUGGGCAACCGAUUUAAUUCAUAAUAUUUCGCCCCCUAUGAACCCUCAGCUAAACGAGGGUUCAUAAAUUCAACAAAAGAGAAUCAGAACAUUCGUUCAGGUUCGUACAAUGUUCUUCAAAGUUCAUCUCCUAUUCAUCGUUAACUGCUUCUAAUAAGCACAACUUGGUCACUGGUCGUUUCAGUGUUGCUCCCUUCACCCUCACUUUCUCAGUCCUCACGAAUACAUCCGCUCCAGGAAACACAAUCUCAACUCGUACAAAGGCCUAUUAAUAAUAAAUAAAUAAUAAUUUAUGAACUUAUUGUGCGCAGUUUAACAUGAGAAUGAUCAGCUGCCCAUUACAACUGUGUUACUUUACAAGAAACAAACAAAAGAUAAUGCAUUUUAAAAAAAUAACAAUAAAAAGAAUAUAUUUGCAUGCAAGUAAAAACUGAAAAUAAAAUUGCUCACCAAUAUAAAGUUCUAAAAAGAUAAGUCUUAAUAUGCGCCCUAAAACUGUUCAUAUUAGUCAUCGCACGAAGUUCUCUUCAAAAGGGAGUUCCAGAGCGUUGGCGCUGCUACCAUAAGAGCUCUAUCACCUAACGUAUUCGAUCGAACAGCUGGCAUAGAAAGUAAAAUACUACCUGAAGAUCUAAGGUUAUAUAAGGACGAUUUAAAUUUUAGUAAAUCGCGUAAGAUAUUUAGGAGCAAGGCCGUGAAUUGCCCUGAACGUAAUAAGCAGUAUCUUAAAUUGUAUCGUGGCUUUAACAGGAAGCCAAUGCAGACCACGAAGAAGAGGUGAGAUGUGGCAAAACCUAGGGGCAUUAGAUGAUGCUAGAUGAUGGCUCCUAUUUUCCUAUUAAGAGACGUUCCAGUAAGCCGGGCUCAAGCUACUUAACAGGAAAAUCUAGGCAAGCCUAUUGUGCCUAUUGCAGUAGAGAAACGCUCAUUAGUAAACCUAUACCGAAUUAGUAUGCAGGAAGACAGUUAUUAGAUGGAGGAACGCAUUUUUACCUAGCUAGCGAGGCACUGACUAGGCACUUAAUUAGUAUGGACAAACGCAUUUUUCCCUAGGUCAAAACAGUGGAUGAUGUCAUAGACUAUCCCUAAACUAUCCUUACCUAUCCACCAAAGAGGGGUAAAAUGACCCUCUAUGACUACUCUUGCUUGAACACGUAAUCUGGCUCAAUCUGGAAAAAAGUAUUGUUUAAAUAAGCUAACAAUGCACGCACAAUACGUUACUAAAUGUUACUGAUGUUUUAUAACUCAAACUUAUGUUGAGUCUUUUUUUUUUUUAAUUUUUCACUUGAAAAUUUUAUUGUAGCUGUGUGAAACCUCUCCCAGUGAUUUGUUUUUUUUAAAUUAUUAUGAUGAUAAUGGUAAUGAUUACGAUGAUGGUUAUUAUUAUUAUAAUGAUGAUGAUGAUGCUGAUUGUGAUGAUGAUGAUUAUGAUAGCCACUUAAGGUUCUAAGGUUUCCUACCAUUUGCAAUGAGUGCCAAAGACUAAAUCUCCUAUCUCUUAAUUUUUCUUCAGUUUGCAGAAAUUUUACUCAAAUUAAUUCCAGAGUCGGGGAUAUACACAGCCCAGAGUUCUCGUCUCGUAAUUAUUCUAACAAUAUGGACUGUAUUUGGCAAAUUACUACUCCUCCCAACACUCGUAUAGCACUGGAAAUUGCUCCAAUGUCUAUUCAAAGUUGUGAUGCUUGCAGAUGCGACUUUCUUGAAGUAAGGGAUGGGAACGACUCAAGCGAUCAUUUACUGACUAGAUUAUGUGGAACUAAUAUGAAGCCAUCUGUCAUUCUGUAUUCAAGUGGAAGAUAUCUUUGGGUCAGAUUCAGAUCGGAUGGUAAAAUUACGAGCUUUGGCUUCUUAGCGAUGUUCAAGUCUUCUGCAAUAAAAGGUAAGAUGUUUGUAAUGUUUACAAUCGGUUAAAGAAAGGAUCUUUAAAUUAAACUGCACUUACCGAAUUCAAUAAGAGGAGGAGUGUUCAAACCAUUACUGUGUACUUUAGAUAAUCACUUGUGAUUUCGUUUCAAAAAGUUAUAUUUUUUCUUCUGUUAACAGAAAGUUCAUACAAAGAUAAGUUACUCACCAAAUUUCGGCUUCCAAAUAGCUUUCAAAUCGAACGAAAUCCUCGUCUAAAGAACGUCGAAAAUCGUACGUGGCAGCCGUUAUUUUGGAGGAUAUUUUUCUGAGAGACAUUCUUUGAAAGUAGCCCAUUUCUUCCUAAAGGAGGCUAAGUUAUUUUUGUCGAAAGCAAUCUGUUUUUCAAUUUCCAUGGGGCGUAUAACUGAGUGCACAUUCGCAGCUCAGGAAGGGUAUUUCGUAGUUUGCAAAUAUAUAGAUAUAUAUAUAGUGUCUAGCGAUAAGGAGAAAGUGGUGUAGGAGUAGACUGGAUAUAUUGUCAAUUAAGCCGAGGCAAAUAGCCGGCGAGAAGGGAGUGAUAUUUGCCAGAUCAAGAUUUUCAGACAUCCAUUGCGAAAUAUUAUUCCAAAAAGUCUGAGUUGACCUACAGUCCCAAAAAAGAUGCGCAAGGGUAGCUGGGGAAUCAGCACAAAAAAGAAAAGAGGAUGUUUUACUUUCAUUUUUGCCUAUCUUAAGAAGGAAGUCGUUUGUAGCUAUUCUUCUAUGCAGAAAUUAAACUGAAAUAAUCUUAGUUUUCUCCGUAGCACGAAGAAAUGGCAGUUGAUAGGUGUUUUUCCAGUUCACUUGUUCAUGUGAAAAAAUAUCCUCUUGAGACAGCCACUUUCCCUGGGCAGGCUUUUCACUCGCGAGGAAGUCUUUCUUUUAACAAUGAUCUGAUAAGUUUGUUAUGCAAACUUUCUCGGAAGAGAAGGGGUUUAUCAUUGUUUUUUUCCAAGGGAGUGAGGUUUUGAUUGGAGGAACAUUUUUUCCUCAAGUGUUUAACUGGAGCAGAAACUACUUUACAGUACUCUAGAUAAUUCGUCUAUAUAUUGUAUUUGGUAAUGACAGUAGUGUAGCUUAGGAAAUUAUUGAUUUGAACUGUCAAGCAAAUCCUUUAAAACAUUUUCACUCCUGCAUGAAACUGUCACUUAUAAAAGAAGUGUCUGUUAUCAAUUCAUGUGAGGGAGUUAAGCCAAAACUGGGAGGAAAGGAAAUUUAAGUUGUCUUCGCUAUAAUUUAAUCAACAAAGGAUUCCACUUCCCCUGAUUAUUGUCACCUAGAUAGCCUUUUAGCCAUUUAAUUUGUAAGGUUCAUUAGAGCUCUGAAGGUCUAUCAUUUUUAGCCCUCCUUUUAAAUUCCUCUUAAUUUUAUCACUUUUGCUGUCUCAGAGGAAAUCAUAUAAUAGAGAAUUAAUGGCUCCUUGAUUACACCUUGAGGUGUUGGUAAAGAUGACAGAAGGUAAACAAUUUUUGAUACAACAAGAGAUUUUGGUAUUGCAAAUUUACCAAGAAGAAGUCAGUUUUCUAACUGAGCAACUGCUCAGGAUUUUUUUCAUUUAUUCAAUUUUGUCACGCAAAUUGAUGUUGCGGAGGGCGUAGACUUUGAUCUUCACUCAAGUGAUCCUUUUAUUCGAAGGAACAGGAAAAUCUCCAUCUCUGCAUGAACCCAUCCGGGGAGCCUCUGUUUUCUCAUAGUUGAUUUUCAAUCCAGAAGAGAUUGCGAAAGUGUCAAGUAAAUAAAGGGUUCUGGAAAAGGGGGACUCACAUCCUUCUAGAAUGAUUGUUGUAUCAUCGGCAUAUUGUGAGAGUUUGCACUCAACGUUGGCUAUAUUAAUGCCACGAAUGUUUUCAUCCUUCCUAACGGUAUUGCCCAAGGCCUCUGCGCAUAGAAUGAGGAGUUACGGGGAGAGCGGGCACCCCUGUCUCACUCCGACGCGAUUCAAAGAAAAAAACUCAGAGGACCAAGUAUUGUUUUGGAUACAACUGCUUAUAUUUGUGGACAGUUUUGGAGGAUAGUUACCGCAACAUGGCAAAACAGUUGUGACCUCAAAGAGCUCAACAUGAAGUUUGGUAGAAAGAUUACACGAGGCUUCCUGAUAAUUUCUUUUGUUUCAGUUUUUUGUUUUGCUUUUUUCUGCUUGUUUUUCCCUUUUCCAUGCACUCUAAUUUGCGUUCUUGAGUUAAGUAUUGUUGCCAAUGGACCAUUUUCGAAAUAUUGAGAUUCAUAUUUGGCUCCGAGGCGUUGGGGAAAAAACAAGAGAAAUGUAUUAUUCAUUGCUGAGCCUCAAGAUGAUUUCUUUUGUUUUAUUCCCCCAAGCGACGCAGCCAAGUUUGAAUUUUAAUAUAUCGGAAUUGGUCUCUUUUAGUUUAGAGAUUUUUAAGUCUCGUCGCUGAUUAGCCGGAAAGAAUGAGGGUUUUAGGAACCUAUUAACUGGCUCGAUAUUCCAAUCUGGCACUCGACCAUAAACCUAACCGUCACUUUAUUUUUUUAAAAAAUAUCUUAUACACAAAGCAAAUAAAUUGCAUUAGUUGGCCACAACAACACGUCUACAACAUAUGGCUUUUCAUCUUACUUGCGAUUGUCUUUAGGAGACUGACAAUUAACCAAGGUGAUACCUGACACAUUUAUAAGGGAGUGGCAACAGUUGUUGGUGAUACUUUUCUGUCAAAGCUUUAUAAAAGUCUUGUAAUAUUAAUUAAUCUUAUCUAGUUAAUUUUCUCCACGAUUUUAAUCGCUAUUUUUUUAAACUAAUUAAGCCAUUUGCUAAACCUGGUAGAAAGCGUUCACUCUCGUUUAAAUUCAGGUUCGCGGGACCCAGUACGCCCACCCUGGGUAAUGCCGGGUUUUAUGUACUCAUUAUGUUUGCUAGUUUCGUCAUUUUAUGACUUCUGUUUACCUGGUUUUCUCUUUGCUGUUAUAUUUUCCUGUUCUAUCUAAUAUUGAAUGAUUAUUUACAUUUGGUAACCAAAGUACCUUUGGUCCCAAUGUUGCCUGUGUCUUGCUUGAUUUCUUUUUGGUGCUUUUUAAAACUGCUGGCUAAGCCCACAUAUACGCUUUCAUUGAUUAUUGACAAACAUAAGGAAACUUUCUCCUUACUUUUGCAGGUGAUUCUUGUCCGGCGGUUCGGAAGUAUCCGUUAAAAUGUCCAGGCAAGAUUAACGUAAGUCCCAACAAAUCACCCAGUGUGUGUUGCUAUCACAAUGGUCCUAACUGUUGUCACUCAGGCGGAAAACGGUGCACAGAUCGAGGCUCAGGUAUAAGAGACUACUGUCCUCGCCCGAAUGACAAUAAACAAUUAAAAUACUGUUGCGUGACUAGCGAGGGAAAGCCGUCUUGUUGUGUGUCAUCGGCAGUUUGCCCAAAAAUUAGGUAA